AUGCCUGUUGAUCUUGAAUUUAUCAAUCGAUUACAACAAUCAAUAAAUCUCGUAGCAACCAGAAAUAAUACACAAUCAGAACAAGUAGCAAUAAUUCCAUCUGGUGGGUCAUUUACGUAUAAUUUACCCGAUGGUUGGUCAGGCAAUUUUCGACAUGGUAUGGGCGGUUCUGGAAUAACUCUUUUUGAAAUAUCUGUUAAAGCUAACGAUGGAAAUGUUUACUACGAUUUGAGUGUUAUUGAUGGUUUUAAUGUACCUAUAAAAGUUCAAGCGCCUGACGGAACAUACAUAGAAGCGCUACAUAGUGGAGCACCAAAUGCUUAUCUUUUCCCUGAUGAUAAUACCAAAACACACGGUGGUCCAGAAGGAAACUUUAUAAUCACCUUCGAACAAUAA